AUGAAUUCAAAAAAAAAAGAUGUGUUUAUCAUAAAUAAACCUCAUUUAUGUUAAAAUCAUAAUUAAAAACUUGUACUAGUGUGUGCUGACCCGCUAUGUUAAGACCAUGGAUUGAUUUGUAUUGAUUGUUUACUUUAGAACCAUUAAAAUUGCAAAGCUUAUAUUAAGAAAUAUGAUGAGUUUCUGUGGAUAAUGUAGAAUACUAUUGAAAAAAUUCAAAUCUAGAAAGAGAAGAGAUAUAAAGAUGCCCAAUCUAUCUUAUUAAGUCUAGGAAAUUUAUAACCAAAAUUUAAUGAACUCAUUUUAGCUUUAUAGUUAGAAAUAGAAACCUAUUUAUAGCAAGAGAAUUUAGAACAUGAUACUAAGAGAAUGAAAAACUUAUUUUAAGCUGAUUUCGAAGGGGAAAAAGAAUUAAUAAAAGAAUUCAUUUUACAAUAGCACCUAAAGUCUUAACAUGAAAAAGAAUAUUUGUGGGAACUUAAAGGAAGUUAAAUAGUAGAAUGUCUCCAUUCAAUUGUUAAUGAUAUGCUCAAUUAAGAUUUUUAAGAAUAAUAAAAAAUUAUUGAUUCUUAAAAAUAUUUAAAAGUAAAGGGAAUAGAUGAUUUAAAAGGGAUAAAUAGUUAUGUUCCAAAACUUCGAUUAGAAUUAUAAUAAAAUAAUUGGGGAGGUAUUGGAAAUAUAUUUCCUAAAUUUAUGGCUUUAAAUAGUUUGUAAAUCAACGCCAUUAAAUCUCCUCUAAAAGCAUAAAAUUUAGAGGAGAUAAUUAAUGCAAUAUAGUAUUUGCCAAGAUUAGAAAAAUUUAAAAUCAAUUUAAUUGGUUCAAAUGCAAAUGAAUAAACUUUAUAAUUAAUUUUUAAAAUUGUCAGCAAUAAAAGUUUGACAGAGUUUGGAAUUUCGUUUGGAUAUAGUUAAAUUCUAUCUGAUGAUUUUAUAAGAUAGAUUAAUUAAUUUAAAGAGUAACUAAGAGGGAUAUCGAGGAUAUAUAUUAGUAAUUAGCUUCAUGAAUUUACAGAAUAAUAAUAAAAAUUGCUCAAAACAUAUUUAAGUUAAAUUGAAUUUUUUCGAUGA